GCCCUCCCCAUCCUUCUCCCCCCCUCUUCCCCGCUCCCCCGAGAGCUCCAGCCAUGCUCUCCCCCCUCCUCCUCGCCCUCGCCGCCUCUACCGUCUCCGUCUCCGCCGUUUCCAAUGGCCGGGCCCAUCCAAACACGCCGCCAUUCCCCCUCCCUCCGAUCGCGUCGCUUCCCGCGGAGAAGCAUCUCGCCGCUUCCGCCCCCGUCAGCAAAUCCGGCGCGACCAUCCCGCCUUACAACACGACCUACUACUUUGACCAGCUCAUCGACCACACUAACCCCGGUCUUGGGACGUUCAAGCAGAGGUACUGGCACACGUGGGAGUUCUACGAGGAAGGCGGACCUAUCAUCCUGUCAACUCCUGGCGAGGCCAAUGCUGCGCCCUACUUCCGCUAUCUCACCAACGCGACCGUCAAUGGCCUCCUCGCCCAGCAAGAGUCCGGCGCAACCGUCGUGCUCGAGCACCGCUACUACGGCCUUUCCAACCCCUACCCUGACCUCUCCGUCGCGAGCCUCAAGUACCACACCAUCCAGCAGGCGAUCGAGGACCUCGAGUACUUUACGAAGAACGUGAACUUGCCGAUGCCUGGCGGGGACAAGGUCAAGCCUGGCCAGGCGCCGUGGGUGCUCAUGGGCGGAAGCUACUCCGGCGCGUUGACUGCGUGGACGAUGGUCAACAAACCGGACCUCUUCCAAGCCGGUUACGCGUCAUCCGCGGUCGUCGAGAGCAUCAUUGACUUCUGGGGCUACUUCGAGCCUAUCCGGCAGUUCAUGCCGAAGAACUGCUCUGCCGACGUGCAGGCCGUGGUCGCGCACUUUGACAAAGUGUUCACAAACGGAACGAGCGCAGAGCAAGCGGCGCUGAAGGAACAGUAUGGCAUGUCAGACGUGACGCACGCGGACGACGUCACCGGGGCCCUGCGCAACAACCUGUGGGAUUGGCAAGAGUUGUCGCCUACAACGGGUGCUGGCGCGCAGUUUUGGGCAUUCUGCGACGCGCUUGAGGUCAAUGCGGCGGGCGUUAGCGCGCCUGCGAAGGGCUGGGGCGUGAAGCAUGCCUUGGACGCAUGGGGCGCAUACUUCAAGAACACGUAUCUGUCGAUCCUGUGCGAUGACCAGACUGCCGAAGAGUGCUUGGGGACGUACAACGCGAGCCAGUCGUACUGGACGGAUGAAUCGAUCGAUAAUGCUGGGCGCUCGUGGACCUGGAUCGUAUGUAACGAGGUCGGAUGGUUCCAGGACUCGGCACCCAAGGGCUACCCCACUGUCGUCUCGCGCCUAGUGCACCCUUCUGCCGAUGAGAGGCAGUGCGUGCAGAUGUUCCCUAAGGCGUUCAGCUCGCCGCCCGUGCCGGGCGCCGCGAAGACGAACGCCGCGUACGACGGAUGGAAUUUGAAGGUUGACCACCUGUUCUUUGCGAACGGACAGCGCGACCCUUGGCGCGACGCGACCGUCUCUGCGGACGGAUUGAACGUCCCGAGCACCGCGAGCCAGCCGAUCGCGGUGAGCGACGGGUUCCACUGCUCCGACCUGAUCACGCGCGCGGGCACGGUCGACGCGACGGUGAAAAGCGUGCAGGACGCGGGCCUCAAGGCGAUCGGGGCGUGGUUGAAGGAGUGGGAGGCCAGCAGCUGAGCGGGACCGGUCGAUGACAAAAUGAUGUGUUGAUUGUAUGGAGGGUGGGCAGAGCGGAUGGGGUUGUUGCUGUUAUUUAUUGAUUGUGAAUCUAUUUUCUCGGAUGCUCGUUAC